AAUACAACUCAGACAAAACUGUCAACCUGAGGGGUACAAACGUACGCCGUGUUGCAUUUCGGUUCAAUCGCGUGUAGUGCUAGUGACCGAAGUGAUAUGGCGUGAUUCUUCAUAUAGAAUAUUUACACACAGGUUUGCUGACACUUCCUGACCGGAAUAAUUACGAGAGUACCGGAGUGAAUUUAGGGUAGGCGUUGUAGAACAUUUCGUCGUCGGAGCAGUUAUUUAGCAAUAGAAACGCACAUUCGUGCGGACACAUAGAAAAAGGCAUUGUUUGCUGCGAUUCCGUUCUGUUUUGUUUAUUUUAUUCCGCUGCGUGAGUCAUACAGCCAUUGGAAGCACUAACACCAUCAAAGAAUAUAUUACUACACGCACAACGAUGGGCAGUUUUUCGGAAGUAUUCUGGCGAUUUUUCCACUGGGGACCGCUGAUAGCGAUAAGCAUCAUCAAAUCGAUUACCUUCAUGACCCUCUACAUGAACGCCAUGUGGUGGCCCCCGAAUCGGUCCAUCGGAGGCUUCCUGAAUCAAACCAUCUUCCUGAUGCUGUCCGCAAGCACCGGAUUUAAUUUUGUGAUGGCUUCGCUUACCGGUCCAAAGUUCCUGCCGCUGCGGUGGCGUCCGGAGAAUCCCAAGCACGAACAGUUCCUCCAAUACUGCAGCAGCUGCGAGGGCUAUAAGGCACCACGUUCUCAUCACUGUCGGAAGUGUGAUCGAUGCGUGAUAAAAAUGGACCAUCACUGUCCGUGGAUCAAUCACUGUGUAGGCUGGGGUAAUCACGCAUACUUUACGAGUUUUCUCGCGUUCGCCGUUGUUGGUUGUUUCCAAGCCACGUUCAUUCUUUGCGGAUCGUUGUAUACGGGUCUACAUCGGGAUUGGUACGUGUACUAUGGACAGUACUCGAAGGCCACCGUUCAGCUGGGUUUGUGGAGUCUGAUUCUAGGAGUGUUCAAUAUUGGACUAGCCAUUGGGGUGAUUAUCGCGGUGGGAAUGCUACUGUUUUUCCAGGUCAGAGCGAUUCUGAACAAUCGAACUGGCAUAGAAGAUUGGAUUUUGGAGAAGGCAAAACAUCGCCGUGAGGCCAAUGGUAAACAUUUUACCUAUCCAUAUGAUUUGGGAACGUGGCGUAACAUACAGCAAGUGGCCAGUUGGACCUGUGCACCCGUUGGCAAUGGAAUUGAAUGGGCGGUUGCGGAUGGUUGCGAUCAGUUUACGUUGACGAGAGAACAGUUGCAACAAAAGUCGGAAAAACGCGCUAGGACUAGAACCUACACCAUCAAUCGACCAGUUAGUGGCAGUUGGGUUCCUCUAUGGUCUCAGGGAUGUCGAGUCUGUCUCAGUCCACCACUGACAGAUGAACCACGCAUAAAGCUAGAUGUUGGCGACGUAAUUCGUGUUACACGUUGGCGCAAACACUGGCUCUUCGGGGAAAAAGUAAUCGAAGAGACUGAGCCAGAGUGUAGAAAUGGCAGCAGAAAGGAGAGAAAACAGCAACAAAAGAGACAGAAACAACUGCCGGAAGGAACUCAAAGACCACGUCGAAUACGAGGCUGGUUCCCAAGACAGUGCGCUGUUGAACUGCUGGAGGACGAAGACGGCACCGAACAACGGCAGCACUUCAAAGAGAAGAAGAAAAUUCAAUAGAUCGCGAUGCGAAAGUAUUUUUCUACAGUGCUUAUUUUUACCGGCUCUUAUUGGCAUUUUUACAAAACAGCUUUCUUUUUGCUGCUACCAAACGAUCAACUAGUAUUUUUGCAAACGACGAAAAUUUAUGAAUGUUGCUAUGUUUUUCAGCUAACUACAAUAAAUAUGAAAAAUAAAAGAUUUUAUUAAUUCUA